AUGGCAUGCCUCAGGAGAAUCAUGGGUGUGACCAGAUUUGACAGGCUAAGGAACACACACAUACGAACACAACUGAAUAUGGAAGAAACUAUCAUCGACAGGGUUGCCACAAAAAGACUGAGAUACUUUGGACAUAUCAACCGAAUGAAUUCAAAAAGAUACCCCCACAUCCUUCUCAAUGGAAAUAUACAUGGCAAACGCCCAAGGGGAAGACCAGCUAAGAGAUGGACAGACUGCAUCAAGGCGGACUGCAAAAACAGACAAGUUGACUCCCUGACUAAAGCUACAAGGUUAACAGAAGACAGGAAGGUGUGGCAAGCCAUAGUGAAACAGAAGCCAUCAUACAUCCCAGUGAUGGUGUGGACGGCUUAA